AUGGAUAACAACUCGCAAGUCUCCGGCUCCCAGCCCAGACCUAGUGGUCUUCCUCGGCCGUCAAGGCUUCCAGUUCCUGGCCCAUCCAGGCUACCCGUCCCGCGAUCGACCUCGCUCCGAACAUCCCCAUCCCGGGAAUCCUUGCCUACCGACUCGGGUCAUACGGGAUCGUCUUUGCAGAGCCCGAGACUUCGAUCAACCACUUCCCGCGACCAAUUGGCCUCUACCACGACGUCUAGAAGGCCCCAGUCCAUGUUGAUUGCACCUCCAAGGGUCGUUUCGUCUCCUCAUGCCAACUGUGCCCGCGCUGCCUCACGCCAGGGACAGUCCCAAGUAUCUGCCAGUACCCACAGAACAGCAUCUCGACACAGCACCUACAUCUCCCCAUCCUCGUCGAGGACCUCCGUUGUGGGAUCUUCCAUUGCCGCUUCUAGGACAAGCCAGACACCACGAACACUUGCACCCAAGCGGCAGUCCUCCUAUCAGUCUUUCUCGGCCUCCACGAGCAGCCAUGCGUUACACAAUACAGAGUCGAUAGCCUCUGAUGACAGCCCAACUUCUGCAGUCAGGCCGAACUCGACGUUAAUAGAGAGAACGAUCGAGACCCUGUCUCAGUUGCCCUCUUCGCCAUCGGUGAGGGGAAAAUCGGCUGCCUCUUUCUAUAGCGAUGGAAUACCUAAGGGAAGAACUUCGUCCAGACCAACAAGUAGGCUUUCUCAAUCUCACGAGUCUCUCGGUGCUUCGUCAAACCACGGGAGCAGGCCUGGCUCGAGGCUGGAUAACGAUGAUGAUGGCUCCAGCUUCCACGGAACAUACGGUUCUUUGAGGCCACGACAGAGCGUCCAAUCGUUCAACGCACCAGCGGCAAAGAAAUCCGUCCCACGGACGUCUCGAAUGUCUCUUUACGGGGAUUUACCGUCCCCUGUUACCGAUAAUUACAGCCCCAAGACCCCGAGCCCUGAGAAGCCGAAAACCGCAGCACCGCGCGCCCUUGUCAAGCGAACAUCUGUCUACGGUCUUUCGAAGAAGCCAUCUGUGUCUAAUUUGGACAAGGGAACCCAGGGAGCAGCAACCAGGAAGGCAUCAAUGGCGUCGCAAAGGUCAGCUGGGACAUCUGUUGAAGGUAGUGUAUCGGCAUCGUCUGGAAGUACAGCAACGUCUGCCGAUACGACCGAGACAUCCCCAGCGCAAGCUUACAGGAAGGCCUCAUCCACGUUGCGUGAGCAGAUCGCAAAGGCGAAGGCUGCGGCCAAGAAAGCUGCAGUACAGCCGAUAUCCGAGUCUGCUCCUGCCCUCGGGAAGAAGACAUCCGGCUUUGGCUCUUUUGGUGAUGAUUUGGGCUUUGCUUCGCAUAAUGAUCCUUUCAACCAGCACAGGGAUGACCAGUCACAGGCCAAGGUUCUACAGGCACGUUUUGCUACUGCUAGAACUAGCGGCCGCCUUAACAUUGCUGCAAUGGGCCUCAAAGAGAUUCCGGUCGAGGUUCUGAAGAUGUAUAAUCUUGAGGCUAUUGGCGCCACUGGAGGGGCUUGGGCCGAGUGUGUUGACUUGACAAGAUUCGUGGCUGCAGACAACGAGCUUGAGAUGAUUACCGAUACGAUCUUCCCCGAUGUUGAUCCGCAGGAGAUGGUGGACGAUGAGGACAGCGAGGGCAACAUCUUUGCAGGACUCGAGACUUUGGACUUGCACGGAAACAUCUUGGUGACUCUUCCAAUGGGUCUGAGGCAACUUCGUCUGUUGACCUCUCUGAAUCUGUCCUCAAACAGGCUGGCCAACAGUUGCUUGGAGGUGGUGUCGCAAAUCACCUCUCUCAGAGAUCUGAAGCUCGGCGGUAACCUCCUCUAUGGUGAACUCGAUCCUUGCUUUGCGAACUUGGAGAAUCUUGAAAUCUUGGACCUGCACGGUAACAACCUCUCUUCGCUUCCUUCCAACUUCAGCAACCUCACUCGUCUUCGCGUUUUGAAUGUUAGCGAAAAUGCCUUCGAGUCCUUGCCCUUUGUUACCUUGGCGAAGAUGCCGUUGACCGAGAUCAACGCGCGCAAGAACCAGAUCAGCGGUACAUUGAUUGAUAGUUCGGUCGAUUCUCUACCGUUUCUACAGACAUUGGACGUCUCGUCGAACCAGCUCAUCCACCUUUGCUCCCCAGCCAAGACUGUCACUAUGCCUGCUCUUCUUCAGAUUUGCCUCUCCAUGAACCGCCUACAGGAUCUGCCUGACAUCAGAAGCUGGGCCAAGCUGCAUACGAUUGCGGCCGAUGAGAACAACAUCAACGCCAUUCCGGAAGGUUUCACUCAACUACAGCAUUUGAAGUCCGUUGAUUUCUCGAGUAACGACAUCCGCAUCAUCCCUAAUGAGGUGGGCCGGAUGGAGAACUUGACGAUGCUGCGACUGAGCGGGAACCCUCUCCGAGAGAAGAAGUUUAGCACGAUUAGCACGGAUGAGAUGAAAGGUAUUCUGGCUCUUCGACUCGAACCACCUGAGGACAUUUCCGUACCCGAGGUGGAUGUUGUCAGCUCUGUACCAGAGGUCGAGGUGGUCAGCCCCAGCGAUGCCGGCUUGAAAGGUCCUGACCUUAAGGAUCUUUCCAAGGCAGCCACCGAGGCCUUGCCCAACACCAACGAACCCCCGGUUGAAAUCAUUGCCUCAGAUCAAGAAGAGACUACCGUUACGAAUAAUGUAUCUGAACACGACCAGCUUACUGCUGAGAGUGACGAUAUCGACGACAGCCGGUCUGAUAUGGAUCAGUUUGCGACACCUCCAACUUCCGCCCGGGCCUCUCCCGCCCACUCCCGUUCCCAAACGCUUACGGAGGAGAUCUGGGCCGUUAAGUCCGGCGGGGUCCUUGACCGUUCUGGCACACAAUCCUCUUCGCUCCACCCUGCCAUUUCCUCAAAGGUCGCUGCCGAACACAAAGUCUUCGAAAUUCAGCUCCACCACAACCCUAUUCACCGCGUUCCCCCCGAGUCGCUCUCUUGCUUCGCCGCAACUCUGACUGCUUUGAACUUGUCACACAACGAGCUCGUAGCCGAGAAGUACGUCGGAGGGUCCAGCGGCGAUGACCAGCUCGAACUCCCCGCCCUUAAGGAACUCAACCUCAACCACAACCACAUUACUAGCCUGGAGCCCUUACUUGCUCGCCUACGUGCCCCGAACUUGCAAAAGCUCGACGUCAGCUUCAACCGCAUUUCCGCUCUGCCCGCUGGCACCGCUCUCCGCGACGCGUUUCCGAACCUCACCGUCCUUACCAUCUCCAACAACCACCUCUCCGAGCUGGAUCCUGAGUCAAUCAGGGGUAUGCAUGUAGUGGACGCGGCCAAUAAUGAUAUCGCACAUCUGAACCCUCGUAUUGGACUGCUGGGCGGAAGCGGUGGGUUGGAGAGGCUGGAUGUUAGUGGCAACAGGUUCCGUGUGCCCAGAUGGAGCGUGUUGGAGCGUGGGACGGAGGCGACGCUGAGGUGGUUGAGGGGAAGAGUACCCGUUGCGGAGAAGGCGGCAUGGAAGGGGAAGGAGGGUGGUGAUGAUGAGGAUUCGGAUUUGGACUGA